AUGCUGCCUCGCUCGCUGCGCCAUCUGCUAGAGGGGGCCCGGCUGGAGCUGGGGGAGGAGCAGGGGGUCACUCUGAGCGGGUACCGGAGCUGGUCCCCCGACCCCCCUCAGCCACAGCCCCCAGUGACCCUGACGGAGGAGGCUGAGGAGGGAGUGAUCUACACAGUGACCACGCGCCAGUCCGGGGGCGCCCAGCCAGGGGCCCCGGGGGGGGCGGGGAGCCAGGCCCGCUCACUGAAGGCUGGGUCACUGGUCCGGCUGGUUCGGCACCUGCUGGAGGCCCAGACGCUGGGCGACGCCGCCUACGUCCCUGCCUUCCUGGUCACCUACCGGGUGUUCACCCGCCCCCCCACGGUGCUGGGGUUGCUGCUCGACAGGCUGGAGGAGGUCGGGGCUCUGGAGCUGAGGCCCGUCUCCCCGGAGACAGCUGAGCUGCAGCGGGCCUUCUCCUCGGUGAUGUGCUCCUGGCUGGACGGGUACCCCGAGGAUUUCGGGGGGGCCUUGGACCCGGGCCUGGUGGAGCGACUGGGCCGGAGCCUGCAAUGUGCCCUGGGGCAGGGCUCCGAGGCCGAGAGACGCCUGCUCGCCCUGCGGGGGGUGCCGGGGGGGCCCAGCAAUGGAGGGGAGCUGGAGGAAGAGGAAUGGGGGGCGGGGGAAGAUGGCCCCGAGGGGGGCGUGACCCCCAGGGGGGACCCUGACCCCCUCGACAUCCUGAUCUUCCAAGCUGACCAUGUGGCUGCCCAGCUGACGCUGGUGGAGGCGGCACUGUUCCUGCGGGUCGUGCCCUACCAGUGCCUGGGCUCGCUCUGGUCUCAGCGUGACAAGAAGGGGCGGGAGCGGGACUGCCCCAGCGUCCGUGCCACGGUGCGCCAGUUCAACCGCCUGGCGGGGGCCGUGAUCCGCUCCUGCCUGGCGGGGCCGGGGCUGCGCCCCCAGCAGCGGGCUCGGAUUCUGGAGAAAUGGAUCCACGUGGCCGAGGAGUGCCGCGCCCUGAGGAAUUUCUCAUCUCUCUGCGCCAUCAUCUCCGCCCUGCAGUCCAGCCCCGUGCACCGGCUCAAGCGGACCUGGGACGAGACCGCCAGGGACGCGCUGCGCAGCUACGAGGAGCUCAGCACCAUCUGUUCCGAACAGGAUAACUACAGCCUGAGCCGGCAGCUGCUGUUCCAGGACGACACCUCCAAACCGUCUGGCGCCGACCCUGCCCCACGCCGGCAGCCGCGGAGACCCCAGGAGCAGCGCCCAGUGGGCGUGGUUCCGUACCUCGGCACCUUCCUUCGAGACCUGGUGAUGCUGGACACAGCCAUGAAGGAUGAGCUGGAGAACGGAUACAUCAACUUCGAGAAGCGGCGCAAGGAGUUCGAGGUUCUGGCCCAGCUGCGUCUCCUGCAGUCCGUGUGCCGCAACUACAGUGUCCAGCCCAGCCCCCCCUUCCAGCGCUGGCUGCAGGCGCUGCCCCCCCUCUCUGAGGCACAGAGUCACAGUCUCUCCUGUGAGAUCGAACUCCCUGGGGAGGCCCCAACCCCCCAGCGGCCCCUGAAGCCCACCCUGGUCAUCACCCACUGCACAGAGCUGCUGAGCUCCGUGGGGAACCCCCUGGUCUCCUGGGAGGGGCCCCCCGGCUGCAGCCCCGACCUGCUGCCGCCCCCCCGGGGCCCCACACAGCUGCUGUCUCGCCUGGCACAGCACAUGAAGUGGCCAUCAGUCUCUGCGCUGGACACAGCUCCUGAGGACGUGGCUUCCUUGGCCGGGGGCCUCUCGCCCCCCACCCCCACCGGGGGGGGCUUUCCCCGGGGGCACCGGCGCUCGGCUUCAUGCGGCUCGGCCUUCCCUGCCCCUCCCACCCUGGAGCCCGGGGCUCCCCCUUCCGACUGCUGCAUCAUCCGCGCCCGCAUGGCUCUGCACAACGGCAGCCUCUACAAGAGCAUCCUGGUGACCAGCCAGGACAAGACCCCGUCUGUCAUCGCCAAGGUGCUGGAGAAGCACGGCCAGGAGCGGGGGGCAGCCCCCCAAUUCCAGCUGGUCCAGCUGCUGCCUGAGGGGAAAGAGCUGACCUUCCCGCCUACAGCCAACGUCUUCUACGCCAUGAAUGGCUCCAGCUUGGACUUUGUGCUGCGCCCCAAGGGCCCCGGGGAGCCUCCUCUGCCCCCCAGCGCCGCCCCCCGCAGGGCUGAGCUCAGCGCCACCUUCCCCAAAAUCAAGGCCACCGGCCGCAAGCUCGCCAGGGCCCUCUUCUGA